AAUAGAAGAUCCCCGCACGAAAACCAUGCCUAAAGCAAAGGGUGGCACUCUUAUUAUCUGCCCCAUGGCUUUGCUAGGCCAGUGGAAGGAUGAGCUUGAAACCCAUUCAGAGCCAGGAAGCAUUUCCAUUUUUGUUCACUAUGGCGGGUACAAAACAAAUAACCCCAGGAUUUUAUCUGGAUAUGAUGUGGUCUUGACAACAUAUGGUGUCCUAACUGAAGCUUACAAGCAUGAUAUGGAGAAUAGCAUUUUUAAUAGGGUUGAGUGGCAUAGGGUGGUGCUAGAUGAAGCUCAUACCAUCAAGUCCUGGAAGACCUUAGCCGCAAAGGCUACAUUUGCAUUGUUGUCAUAUUGCAAAUGGUGUCUUACUGGGACACCUAUUCAGAACACCUUGGAAGAUCUGUACAGCCUUCUGUGCUUCUUGCAUGUUGAGCCUUGGUGCAACUGGCCAUGGUGGAACAAAUUAAUUCAAAGACCGCAUGAAAAUGGAGACCCUAGAGCCAUGAAGUUGAUCAAGGCUAUUUUGAGGCCGCUAAUGUUGAGAAGGACCAAGGAUACAAAGGAUAAGGAGGGAAGGCCCAUACUUGUUCUCCCUCCAACUGACAUUCAAAUAAUCAAGUGUGAACAAUCGGAAGCUGAACGUGAUUUUUAUGAUGCCCUUUUUAGAAGAUCAAAAGUCCAGUUUGAAGAGUUUGUUGCUCAGGGCAAGGUUCUGCACAACUAUGCAUCUGUCCUUGAGCUGCUACUACGACUGAGGCAGUGUUGCAACCACCCAUUUCUUGUUAUGAGUCGAGCUGAUAUCCAACGAUAUGAGGAAUUGAACAAGUAUGCAAGAAGGUUUGUGGAAACAAAUUCUAAUUCUUCCACUCCAAGGCAGUCAGCUGCCACCGAAGCAUGCAUUGAAGAGGUUGUUGAGGCCAUCCGCCAUGCUAGUUCUGCCACCAUAAGGCAAUCGGCACCUACUCCAGCAUACAUUGAAGAGGUUGUUGAGGGCAUCCGGAGGGGUGAAAAUACUGAGUGUCCCAUAUGCAUGGAGUCUGCAGAUGACCCCGUGCUCACACCAUGUGUACAUAGGAUGUGCAGGGAAUGUCUCAUCUCUUGCUGGCAAACACCAAUAUCAGGGAUAUGCCCAAUCUGUCGAACUUCACUGAAUGCAAAUGACCUGAUAGCAUGCCCAACAGAGGGUAAGUUCCAGGUUGAUGUUGAGAAUGACUGGAAGGAGUCUUCAAAGGUUUCCAAGCUUCUGGAAUGCUUGGAACAUAUCCAUAGGUCAGGCUUUGGUGAAAAGAGCAUUGUUUUUAGCCAGUGGACUUCAUUUUUGGAUCUUUUAGAGAUCCCACUGAAAAGGAGAGGAAUUGGGUUCUUAAGGUUUGAUGGAAAACUUGCACAGAAGCAGAGAGAGAGGACUUUGAAGGAGUUCAAUGAAACCAGGGAAAAAAUGGUAUUAUUGAUGUCUUUAAAAGCUGGUGGCGUAGGCCUGAAUCUUACUGCAGCCUCAAAUGUUUUCUUAAUGGAUCCAUGGUGGAAUCCUGCAGUCGAGGAGCAAGCAAUAAUGAGAAUCCAUCGGAUAGGACAGAAGCGAACAGUUUUUGUUAGAAGAUUCAUUGUUGAGAGCACAGUUGAGGAACGCCUGCAGCAAGUUCAGGCAAAGAAGCAGAGAAUGAUUGCUGGUGCUCUCACCGACGAGGAGGUCAGGUCCGCUAGGAUUGAGGAACUCAAAAUGCUCUUUAGAUAAAUUACAGCUUCUACGUUGUCAUCAUUAAUUUAAAGCCAUUCUGCAUCAGAAUAUGUUGAAAACAUAUGCACUUAGGGUGUCUUCAUGUAUAGAGUCCUGUGAGGGCCCGUUUUUGUAAAUUAUGGCGUUUAUGAUCUAUCCAUCAUUUCAUAACCUCUCUCUACACCCAGGAACGCAUGCAUAAUUGUGUUCUUCAAUCUCAGAACGUUUUGCCAGCCUACAAAUAUAUAUAUAUAUACAAGCUCAUGCAGUAUUGUACUGGUG